AUGUACCCGCCAGGUAAACCUGGAGCUUUGCAUGGCGCGUACCUGCCGGGUAAACCUGGAGCUUUGCAUGGCGGGUACAAGUCGAGUAAACUGGGAGCUUUGGAUGGCGGGUUCCCACUGGGUAGACCUGGAGCUUUACAUGGCGCAUACCUGCCAGGUAAACCUGGAGCUUGGCAUGGCGCGUACACACCAGGGAAACCUGGGGCUUUGCAUGGCGCGGUCCCGCUGGAUAAACCUGGAGCUUUGCAUGGCCCGCACCCACCAGGGAAACCUGGAGCUUUGCAUGGCGCGGACCCACUGGGUAAACCUGGAGCUUUACAUGGUGCGUACCCAUCGGGUAAACCCCGAGCUUUGUAUGGCAUAUUCCUGCCAGGGAAACUUGGACCUCCACCAGACCCAUACCUGCCACUUCAACCUGGACCUCCAUUGGGCCAGUACGCGCUACUGCAAGCUGGACCUCCACUGGUCCAGUACACGCCGCCGCAACUUGGACCUUCACUAUGCCAGUACGCGCCGCCACAAGCUGGUCCUCUAUAA